ACACACAGUCACUAUAAAAAUCCCAAUCCCCCAAUUCUCUCCACUUUUCACUCUCACAGAUCCACUCCAUUUCUUCUUCUUCUUCUUCAAAUUUGAGCUGAGCACUGUGAGCAGCGAUGAGCAAGCCUCAGACUCAGAGACCCAAACCGCCUCCGUCGGGUCGCACCAACCUCGCCUCCUGCAUAGUCGCCACCAUCUUCCUCAUCUUCAUCGUCAUCGUCUCCCUCAUCGUCUACUUCACCGUCUUCAAACCCAAAGACGUCAAAAUCUCCGUCAGCUCCGUCCAGCUCCCCUCCUUCUCCAUCCUCAACUCCACCGUCAACUUCACCUUCUCCCAAUACGUCGCCGUCCGCAACCCCAACCGCGCCGCCUUCCGCCACUACGACUCCACCCUCCAGCUCCUCUACUCCGGCAACCAAGUCGGCUUCAUGUUCAUCCCCGCCGGCGUAAUCCAGCCAGGCCAGACCCAGUUCAUGGCCGCUACUUUCGCCGUGAACUCCUUCCCGGUUUCGGAUCCGAACCUCUCCGGGGCGGUCCAGGGCCCGAUUGGCUCCCCCGUGUUCGGGGACGGGCUUAGCGGGUUUCGCGGCGGAGGAGUCGGAGGCGGCGGGGGACCCACGUUGGAGAUUGAGUCGAGGCUUCAGAUGGCGGGUCGGGUUCGGGUCAUGCAUUUUUUUACCCACCACGCGGAGGCGAAUUCCGGGUGUAGAGUCGACAUUGCUGUGAGUGACGGAUCUGUGCUGGGUUUUCAUUGCUGAUUUUGAUUUUUGUGAUCAAAUAUUGUAGCCUCUUAAUUUGUAGUAGUGUUCUU